AAUAACCGUCGGACCCGGAUGCCCAAAGCGGAACAGCGAGUGUUUAUAUUUAAGUCAUAAGUAGAAACGUGUUUGUGUGAGUGUGUUCUCGGGGUUUGUGGACAUUUGUGUUACUUUUGCCGAGGACAGUUCACUGUAAUUACGUUUCCUGAGAAGCGGUCAUGUUGGCUUCGCUGUAGUUUUUCUCUCUUUUUUUGAGAUGUUUGCCAAACCGUUCCGUGUCAAAUCCAACACCGCGAUCAAAGGAUCAGACAGGAGAAAGCUCAAAGCAGAUAUAUCAGCUGCUUUUCCUUCACUCUCUGCCGAUGAGCUGUCAGAGCUCAUCCCCAACAAAGAGGAAUUAACUGUAGUGAAAAUUUAUGCACAUAAAGGUGAUGCCGUGACACUUUAUGUUCUUCACAAAAAUCCACAGUUCUUUGAACUGGAGAAACACAUUUAUCCAACAGUGUAUGCACUUUGGCGUUAUCCUGCUCUCCUGCCAACAUUCAAGACAUGGCUUCCUGUGCUUCAGAAGAUGAUUGGAGGGGCAGAUCUCAUGCUGCCAGGUGUCGUGGUGCCUCCAAGUGGUGUCCCAGAUGUCAAACGGGGUGACUGCUGUGCUGUCACAUUAGUGAAUAAUAGAGCUCCUGUUGCAGUUGGCACAGCUGCGGUGUCCAGUGCAGAGAUGCACAGCUCGGGCAUGAAAGGAAAAGGAGUGUGUGUUCUCCACACAUACAUGGAUAAUCUCUGGGCUUUUGGAGACAAGUCCGGUCCACCGUCUUUACCCGAAGUAGACAGUGAAGGACAAAGGGUGAAUGAAGAAGAAUAUGAAGAGGAGGAGGAGGAGGAGGAGGUGGAAGAGACGGAGGAGAACUGUGUGGAGGACGAACAGAACUCUGGUGAAACAGCCACAGAUCAGCUCUGCUCUGGUGCUGGAGAGCUGAGCUUGGCUGAGCAGGAGGAAGAGAACGGUCAAAAGGGCAAUGAGGAAAUCGAAGAGGACCAGGAGGACCAGAAAUCACCACAAGAGAUAAUGGACGCCCUCCUGGUGCAGUGUUUUCUGCAUGCUCUAAAAAGCAAGGUGAAGAAGUCAGACCUGCCGUUGCUGACCAGCACAUUUCUCCGCAUCCACAUGUUCUCAUGCUGUCCAAGUGGAAAGCAACUUGAUAUCAAGAAAUCCAGCUAUAAAAAGCUGUCCAAGUUUCUUCAGUCCAUGCAGCAGCAGCACAACCUCAUAAGAGUGAAAGAGCUGACCAAGGGCGUGGAGAGCAUAGUGGAGGUGGACUGGAAAAAUCCAGAGCUGCGUUUCUUCCGUGUUCCGGAGGAGGUGGAUGGUGAAGUGGCUGAGGCGCCGCAUGGAGGUGAAGGAGAAACUCUAUAUCGUCCUCCUGAAAUUACAACACUGCACUCUGUGACCGCUCGGCUGGAACCUCUCUUUCUGGAUGAAAACAAGAGGAAAGGAACAAUCUUACAGCCUGCUGAAGUGAGAAGGAUUGUCACAGAGUAUGUGAAGAAGAACGAACUGGUGAAUGAAAAUAAUAAAAAUUAUGUGACCAUUAACCCAACUCUAUGUGACUGUUUGCUGGAGAAGUCGGAGUACCAGGAGGUGGAGUUUCUCAAGUGGGAUGACCUCUUUAGCAGGACUUUGGGAAGAAUGCAGGAAUGCUAUCAACUUAUGAUUCCUGGACAAAGACCCAUUAUCAAGAAGGGCCACAUUGAGCCCAUAGACAUCUCUGUGGCUUCUCGAGGCUCCAAUAAGAAGGUGACUAUAAUAAAGAACCUGGAAGUGUAUCAGCUGGAUCCAGCAGCUGUGGCUACUGCUCUACAGCGCAGAGUCCAGGCCAGCUCUGUAUUACAACCUAUCCCUGGGACUAAGGACAAAGUUAUGGUCCAGAUCCAAGGCAACCAGAUUCACCAAGUUGGCUGCCUGCUCUUAGAUCAUUAUCAAAUUCCUCGCAAGUUCAUCCAAGGACUAGACAAAGCUGUAAAAGGUGGCAAGAAAAAGUAGCAUCUCUACCUUCUUAUACCAGAUGUUUAAUCUCUUUAAAAGUCCAGUGUGUAACAUUUAGUUUGGUUUUCAUAGCCUUAACAUAGCAUUUGAACUCAUUAAAAGGGUCUUGAUUUUUGGAGUCUGCCACCUAGAGCUAUCGUGUUUCUACAGCAGCCAGAAUGGACAAACCACACAGCAUGUUUUGAAGGAGGAGCUUAUUUAGUAUGGUUUGUGAAGGCCAUCUCGUAGUUCCCCGACACACUUGGCAAGAGACUGCUGUAAUCUGCAGUCUCACCAUUAGAUGUCACUAAUUCUUACACACCGGACAUUUGAAGCUGUUUCCGUGAAAUUGCAACAAAACCAAACUGUUGGUCGUUCAUCUAAUAAAGUUGCAUUUCUGUCAACUUCUGAAAGUUAA